UGUAAAUUGUAAUAGCGCAGAUAUACGCUAAACAAUAAGAGACAAUUAAAAGUAUUUAACGAAUAUAAUAAUAUGUUUAAACCCGAGCUUCGUGUUGAUGAAUACAUUUACAAGAAGUCAUUUCCAAAGUUUACAAAACCUAAAAUCAUAGGAUAUAUUAAUUUUGAGAACCUUAAAUAUGCACGUAAUAUUUGUGAAGAAAAAGUCAAUUUUGAUUUAAAUUUGCACCUUGAUAAAGUUAAACGAAAACCUGCUAACCUAGAUGUUAAGUUGACAGAAUUACUUAAAUUUUUACUUGAGCAUGAAGCAAGGUUAAAUUUUCCGAUACAAGAUAAAUUAAAUGAUGCUAAGUUCUUCUGUUAUCGAGGAUUGAUGACUUGCGUGGCAUCUACUCCAUAUGAAAAGAAGGAACCAUGGGAAAUUGUUGCUAUAUUACACAAAGGGAAUAUAUAUUUAUGUGCGAGAGACACUCCUGAUAAAACAAAACGAAAAAAGGAGAUGUCAGAAAGAGAUAAACAAUUUACUUCAUGGGGUUUCAAGUUCGAACAGUAUAUUCUUUCUGAUAAGCCUGACACAUUACCAAAUCCAGAUGUACCAGUGGAUGAGGCAGAAGAGUUUUCAUUAGUAAUGACCACUAAUUUAAAUGGACAUAAAAUUGUCUAUGGUGCAGAAAUGGAUGGUAUAAGAUGUGACAAAGAACCAGUGUCAACUCCACCAAAUACAGAUGAUCCUGAAACAAUAAUACAAUAUUUAUCUUCCCAGGAAUUUAUUGAACUCAAAACAAACAGGCAUAUAGAACAUUUAAAACAAGAUAAAAAUUUCAAGACAUUUAAAACCAAAAAGUGGUGGUUGCAGUCAUUUCUUGUUGGAAUUAAUACAAUACUUUGUGGAUUCAGAAAUGAUAAUGGACUUGUAGAAGAAUUAAAAUUAUACAAUGUUAAAGACUUGCCCAAAAUUUCAAAGAAAUUUUGGGAUCCAAAUGUGUGCUUUAAUUUUUUAGACACAUUUUUUACAUUUGUCAAAAGAUCUUUAGCUCGAGAAAUAAAAAGAAAAUAUGGAGAAAAAUAUUUAAAUAACAUACAGAAGCUACCAUUACUAAGUUUACUGUUCAAUUGGCAGCCUUAUACAGCUGUCCAAGUAUUAGAUCAUUAUUGUCAUGACGAUGAUCCUAUACUACUUGAAUGGUUUAUACAUAAUUUUGGAAAAUCAAGGAAUGAAUAAAAUGUUUAAUAAAUAUAAAUUAUAAUUAUUUACUCUUAAUAUUUUUAAUAAAGUAUUCAUAUUGUC